CAGGCACAGUGUAGACUAAGGGCUAAGCUACACCAGGCGCGUAACUGAAGCGUUCCGUUCGUGUUGCGUCUGCUGCAACAAUUAGAAUACAUUGUAAUCAAUGGAGGUAGCUACACCAGACGUGACAGUGGGGCGUAAGCGCUGAGUAUAUACGCGCUGAAAACGCAAAAAUAGACUAGUCUUCUAUUUUUUUUUUUUUACGCGAGGUAUGCGCGGCCCUUUUACAGAGUAGGCUACUACAUAAAUAUAUAUAUAUUAGCAAGAACCAGAUUAGUUUAAACCAAAGAUCUGUAAUAUUUGGUUUGAACGCCCUCAAGACUUGUUAACGUUACCAUGGAGAUACAUGUUUCGGUUAUUCAGUUAUUGAGGUAGCUUCUAACGUUAAGCUAGCCUACAUUAUAAGGAUGGAUGAUGCAUUCAUUUGUGAAGUGGAACUAAACCCAUUACUGUAUGACCCAAGUGACUCUAACUACAAGGACAACUUCAAAAAAGAUGCAGUAUGGAGGAAGAUUUCACUGGCAGUCGGAGCUUCAGCUGAGGACUGCCAAGAACGCUGGAAAUACUUAAGAGACCGAUUCGUAAGAGAGAAAAAAAAAACACCUAAAAGUGGAUCAGCAGGAGGAUCCCAAAGAGAGUGGAAAUACUAUCAACUGAUGUCAUUCCUGCUACCCCAUCUACAGCCGUAGCGUAGUGGUUGAGUUGGGCUAGCAUACAGUGGGUUCAAUUCGGCGUCCACCAUUGUGCCCUUGAGCAAGGCCCUUAACCCGGAGUUGCUCUGGGGGACAAUGGCCCUUGUAAUGCUGAUCUCGUGGACGGGCCGUAAGAUCGACCAGGUCGGGGUGGACUACAUCCUGCAGAAGCUGGGCUUCCACCACGCCCGCACCACCAUCCCCAAGUGGCUGCAGCGCGGGGUCAUGGACCCGCUGGACAAGGUGCUGUCCGUCCUCAUUAAGAAACUGGGCACUGCCCUGCAGGACGAGAAGGAGAAGAAGAGGGGGAAGGAGGAACAUUAGCGGAAAGACUCCCAAACAGCACAGACACAUACAGUCUCUCUCUCUCCCUCUCUCUCUCAUGCACAUAAAACCCACUCAGAUCUGGAAACACUGGAAAUACUUUGACUCUUGUACAUAAGACUGAUACACAAACACUGGAAAUACUGGACAUUAAUAUCAACACUAUACACUGUGUAUUGUAUACAGAUGCCUAUAUACUGUUCCACACAGGUGGCUCAUACACACACACACACACAGAGAAACCACGCACACACUACUACUACUACUGCACCCUGCGAGUGUGACUUAUUGUUUACUGGUUCAUGUGAUCAUUGCACAGCUUCAGAGUGAAAGUUUGGUUCAGUAGGACUUUUUAUUUUGUACAUUCAGGUCAAUGGGGAAAAAACUAUGAUAAUGUGCUGCUUAUACUGUAGGAGAGGGUCUUUAACAUGGAUUUCAUGUAUCUAUACAUUAACCAACAAUCAAAGCAACAUAAUUGUCAAAAAUAUACCGCCAGCUUCUUACAUCCAUCUGGACGAGAGCCAACCGCUUCUACAGGUUGUAUGAUGUGUCCAGUGCCUCAGUUUGAUCUUCAGGAAUUUCAUGUUCAGUUUGAACUUACUCAUCCAGACAUCAAUUUUAAUUGACUAUUACAAUGUUUUAGCAGUUUUAUUUAUUGAGGAGGGGGCAUAAGACAUUUUAUUGAUGUGUCAGCUGUAGAUGAUGUCAUUGGCUUUGACAGCUGAAGACCUUUCGGCAAUGACAUCAUGGCACGGACAGGUUGUAGCACUCCUCAGAUCCAUGCAGGUCUUGUUACCUCGCUCAGUUUUAUUGCUACAUGUUGCACCACAUCUCCAGAUUUAGUUCUUAUAAGGCAUUCCAUGUGUCCAAAUCCCUUAUUUUAUUUUGGAAAUAAUACUAGUUUGACAGGAAUGUGUAUCAUAGAUUUCAAAUCUGUAAUGAUACUGCUUGACUGUGUGAUUGCUCUUCAACAUGUUUUUAACUUCUUAAAAGUGUACUGUGUAACCUCUGUUACACUUAUGGUGUAUUAGUGUUUUUGUUUGUUCAAUGUGCAAUAGACCAAUGUACAUAAGCUGUGAAAGCAUUAAUAUGAAUAUGUGCCGAUUUCAGAAUAAAAUCAUUGCCAUUA